AGUAAUAAUAGAAAUAGAAUUAACUGAAUUAAAUAUCAACAAGCGCAUUAAAGUCGGAUCGAAUCAAAAGCUGUCAUUUACAUAUGUAGAUAGAAUCUACAAAAUCGAAGUCUUUAACAUUAAUAAAAUGGUCACAAAAACUUUGACUAACGAAAAUUUAAUAAAUGAUAAUGGAACUUUGUCAAAUUACGCUUUUAAUAAAAAUGUUAAUGCACCAAAUAAUCUUCCGAUGAAAAUGAACUACAGUGAAAACACAAGUAUGUCAUCUUUUUCAAACAAGUUAGGAAAACAUAAUAAUCCUCUUGAUCAAACAUCGCCUUAUUUAAAUUGUACAAAGGUGCACAUAAUUUCCAAAACCACUGAAAAGAAAAUCUUUCAAAAGAAACCUAAUGAUGUGACAUCGUCGUUUUCCCAAGCGUAUAAGAUUUAUAAGACUAGUUCGGAUGAAUUUAAGUCGAAUAAAGGUAAAAAUAAGAAAGACAAAUCUUCACGCUUAGUUGUAUCAAAGGAGCUAGCUAGUGGUCAACAAACUGUUAGUGACAUGAACGAAUCGGAGUAUCACAGUCGAGUCGACACCAAUCGCAGAUGUAAACGAAAACGCCGUCCCGUGAAAAAAAUCGGAUGUCCUAAUCUAGAAGAGAAGAAAUUCGAAUUUUACAACGGUGAUCUAAUUUGCACACCAGCGAUAAAAGCAGAUAAAAAGAGAUUUAACCAGGAUAAGAGAUUUAAUAACAAAAUGCAAAAAAUAAAUCAAACGAGAAAAAGAGGUGAAAUCGUCCGUCCUGGUGAUAUUUGGACGAUAUUAAGAAGCAUGAACAAAUUUCCUUAUAUUACAUCGCCGCGUUUGUCUGAAGACAGUAUUGAAACAAUUAAAAGAAAGGGAAACUAUACUAAAAAUCAAAAAGAAACGGGGCUUAUUGAAACAUGUACUACUGAGGAAUUUUCUUAUAUAUCUAGUUACGACAUUAAAAGUAAAUCACAAAGCAUUUGUUCGAAGCCGUCGAGCUUCGAUAGAGUUACGAUAGUCAAUAGAAAGGAUAACUCAAAUUGUAAAGAAUUAACCAAACUUCCAGUAGCAAGUCUACGAAGUUCCCGAAUUUCGAAGAAAAAACCAAUUAAAAACAGGUGCAAUAAGCAAAAAGCUAGUAAGAAAAUUAUCAAUCCAACUGAUGUAAGUGGGGCAAUAAAUAAAACAGAACCCUUUUUGAAUUGUCAACCAAACGGUUUAUUUAAGAAUCCACAUUCUGGUCAACGAAAAAAUGAAUUACAAGACGAUUACAUUGAGUUGAUUGAUAAUGAAAAUACAAAUAGUGACGAGGAAACCUUACCAGAAAAAAAGUCAGAAUACGCACAAAACGACACAUCGAAGGAAGACAAUAAAUUUCAAGAUUUAAAAGUAUUCUUAUCGUCAAUAUCUAGUAAAGCCGGUCUUAAAAACUUUUCUGAUGUCAAAAUUAAUGACGCAAACAAACAUCCCUUAGAUAACAAGGGAAAUUGUUUUAUGAAAGAAAAUAGAUCUUUGUCCAAACAAUUACUCAACAACCAAAGGUAUUACGCCUAUCCAAAAUUAACUCAAACAGAAAUUAAAAGGAGGUUGGUCAACUUGAAAUAUCCAAUUGUUAUAUUAGGAAAAGACGAACUUAGUUCUACGUUUCGUAUGGUUGAUUACGAUCCUCCACAAUUUAACGGUUUGGACCGACAUGUGUGGCCUUAUAUGAAAGAGUGGAUCGUAGAUUCAAAAGGAAAUAAGGUGGAUUCUAAGGGAAUUAAAGUUUUGGAACACCAAAUGAAAAAUUCCGUAUCCCCUACACAUCUAAAUGUACCUGGAAGAAAAAAUUCCCAUAAUGAAAUGUCGAAUCGGAAAUCAGUUCAUAAUUUCGUUGGUAAUAGAAUACACAAUCCUGUUUCUAAGAAAAAGGAAUCGAAAAGUAAUAUUCAAAUGAAAGAGGAUAUGAAUCCUAUCAAACCUCAGAAAAAGAAAGUAUUAAAUCAAUUCAAAGAUAAAAUGAUAGAUUUAAUUUAUAAUAAACCUCAGAGGAAUUUAAUUAACAAAAAUGUUGUUAAUUGUAACCAUUCAAGUACCUUGAGACCGAUGAAACACAACAUGGAAAGCAAAAUAUAUUUGGAACCGAUUAGAGGAGAAUAUAAAGAAUUGUGUGAAAAUACGUCACACUUCAAUAAACCUCAACCUAACAAAUAUCCGUGGUCUAAAGCAAAAUGGGCGAGUGAUUUCAUUGACAAUAUUAUAAAGAAAAUAAAAAAAGGAAUGUAUUAUACUCAACAUGACAUAGAUCACGAAAUUUUUUCUUCUGGCACAGAAGUCUUAAUACCCAUCCCCAAGGUAGAAACAAUCCCUGAAGACGAAAAUAUAAUUCAAGAUGUUUUUACAAAUGAUACAGAUAAUUCGACUAUACCAGGAUUUGACGACAAUCAGAAUGCUAUGCCGUUAAAAGUUGAUGUUAAAAUGAUUACAAGUACCUUAGUAUCAGUACACCAUAGUUUGACGAACGUUAUGUUACAAUUUGAUAUAUGCAUUCCUUCGGUAACGGAUUCUCCUCUUAAUUCGACGAUUCCUUCGUUUUCAUCAUUUAUCACACCAGAGAACAAAAGUAUGCUAUACAAAUGUCAGGAUAGAAUUUCUAAUGGAAUGUUGCCUGCCCAGCUGUGUAGUAUAUUGCCUAAAUUCAUCUCGCACAUAAUGAAAGAUAAAACUUUCACAGAAAUACACAAUUCUCCCUUCAAUAUUCAAACUAAUACUAAUCAGAUUAUUCCCCGGAUUAUUUUCUAUCCAUUUAUGCAGUUUGGUUCUGAACUGCAAGGUUUAAUAACAGGAAAGUUUACGAAACAAGAAAUGCCGAAUAAAGAUCGAAAAAUCGGCCCUCUUCCUUCAAAUUAUGAUUUGUGUCAAAUGAAUACACCGAUAAAGAAAAUCGAAAUAAAACGGUUAAUACAUUUCUCGCCAAUUUUACGGAAAUACAUAAAAUUUCAUUCUGAAAUAAUAACUGAUGUUACAAAUGAUCAAGGAAUGAAAAUUAAACCAUUAACAAAUACGUGCACAGCAAUGGUGCCAUAUAUUCCACCAUUUACCACGAUCAGAUAUGCUUUAGGUUUAAAAAAAAUAGAAAAUGUAAUUUCUGGGAUAAACAAUUUUAUGAUAGGAAUAAAUCGAUGGAAUAAGACAUUUUUUCCUUCUCAUAAUUGUUGCAUUGAUUUUUCCGAUGAUCUACGCCAAACGCUUAAUUUAAUGCCUAAAUUGUCAAUGACUUUAACAAUUAGUGAUCUACCAUACGAGAGAAUGAAGAACGUAGAUUCAACUAUUAAAAUGAUGAUGUCAAAAAACGAUAAAGGUGGUCAUGAGGUUGCAAAAAAACGCGUCAAGAAAACAUUUGUUAAGCUUCACAAGAAGUGUAAGUCUCUGACGAGCAUGUCAAAAGAAAGUUGUAGUACUUCUUUGAAUAAAAUUACAAAUCUAGACGAUUUCUUUCAUGCCCUCGGAUGUUAUAAGUCAUUGUCUAAAGUUUUAUUGGGUCACUCGGAUAAAGCGAUCAUGUCAUUUAUUACUGAGAUGAGAAGUUGGAUAAAAGAGAUCACCCAAGCACAGGCUCUUCUUAUUCUUUUAUUAUCUAACAAGAAGGAAUCCAGAAAUCUGAAUCGAUUCCGACCGAUGUUAUUGCAAGGGAUUGCAGUGAACAGAAUAACCACAGCAGCGGAACUUGACAUGGAAAUUGAAGUGAUUGAAAAAGAGAAUCUCUGUAUAUCACAGAACGAAGGUAUAUCAUUUUUGUCCCAGUCCAACGACAAUAGUCUUUUAGACGAACUAUGUUGGAUCGCGAAAACAACUGCAUCAGAUUAUCAAAAACCGUUUGACGAUUCAUCAGAGAAAUUGAUCAAAUCGUUACUUGGGAAGCGAAAGAAACUAAACCCCUCUUACCUCAGAGUGAUGGCUCGUUACGUUGGAUUAGGAUUAUUGAAGCAUCGCAGUAGUUAAAAUAAAUUGACGAGUACAUUGCCUGCCUGCAUCGAUACUACCGUUACUUAUUGACGGUGAUUCGUUUUUGAUAUAUUUAAUUUAAAUAAACUUUACAUUUUAAAACUGCUUUUAUCUCACUGACAAAAAAAA